CAGAGGAGGGGUGGUGGAAUGCUUGUCACCUACUCCUUCUUUUCAGAUCCUUCUCCUUCUCUCUCUCUCUCUUCUUUCUCUCUCUAAAGGAACAGUGCUUGUGACCUCACGCAGCUCUCUGUUUCAUUCGAAGAUUGCCCCACUCUGUCUCAUUCGCUCUGUUAUCCUCUGUUUUUUCUUCUUUUUUUUUUGGGAUUUCUCUGUUGUUAGAUUGUUCUGAUGGAGAGACACAAGUGCAAGCUCUGCUCCAAGAGCUUCUGCAAUGGUAGAGCACUGGGCGGUCACAUGAGGUCCCACCUGGCGAGCCUCCCCCUCCCUCCCAAGCCCGAGGAGGGAGAGGAGCAAGGACCGCCGGUUCAACUCGGGGGAGCCGAGGCGCCGCGCGCCCAGUCGGGUUCUUCGCUUCCCUCGUCCUCUUCCUCGGAGGAAGAGGAAGGGGAGGGAGAUGAGGAGGCCCGGAAGCUUCAAGCUCAAGGGUACGGCCUGCGGGAAAACCCGAAGAAGAGCAUUCGGUUGGCCGAUCCGGAGUUCGCGAUCGACGCCGGGUCCGUGGUGCUCCAAGAUAGGGAGAGCGAGACCGAGUCGUCCAAGAACCCGGCGGGGAGGCGAUCCAGGAGUUCGGCGACGGAGGGGACGACCCACCAGAGGCGUUUCUUCUCGGAGGAGGAUCGCCGAUGCCGGAAGAAGACGAAGCGCAUGCCGAGCAAGGCCGAGUCGGCGAGCUCGAUCUCCGACGAGACGACGGAGGAGGACCUCGCUUUCUGCCUCAUGAUGCUCUCCCGGGACAAGUGGAGGAGAGAGAAGAGCCAUCGAGAACAAGAAAAUGCGGACGAUUCCGAGGAAGAGGAGGACGAAGACGACGACGAGGAAGAUGAAAAGGAUGAAGAAGACGAAGAAGAGAGCGAGGAAUCCAAAGGGUUGGUGGCCAAGGCUCUGAGGAACAGGAACAGGGGAAAUUACAGGUGCGAGACGUGCGACCGGACGUUCCGGUCGUACCAAGCGCUCGGUGGUCACAGGGCGAGCCACAAGAAGAGCAAACUCAGCGACCGCCCCGACCCGCCGGAGGCCGCCGAGAACGUGGGCGAGAACGCCAACCCGAGCUCCUCCAAAGUCCACGAAUGCCCCUUCUGCUUCAGAGUUUUCGCCUCGGGCCAAGCCCUGGGCGGGCACAAGAGGUCGCACGCCAUCAAUUCGACGGCGGCGGCGGCGGCGGCGGCCACGGCGACGACGGGGGCCGUCAAGAAGACGAGCCACCACGUCAAGGCCAGAGCGGCGGCCUGGAUCGAUCUUAAUCUCCCCGCUCCAGCCGAUGACGACGAGGACGAGGACGACCAGCUGAGCCAGGUCGAGCACUCGGCCUUGUCGGAAGCUGAGUUCGUGAACCGAGUCAAGAGAUGAUCGAGUUAGUUAGAUACACGAUUUUUCAGAGGUAAAACCCCCCCCCCCCCAAAAAAAAAAAGAAGAAAAAUCAAUCUUUUUUUGCCCCCAUCAUUUUUGGUUCUUCUUUUAGCGAAAAAAUUGGAUCUAAGGCCAUGCAAUUUAGUUACUUUUGCUAUUCCGAUGGUAUUCAGUUCAGAUAUUAUUAUUAUUAUUAUUAUUAUUAUUAUUAUUACCAGCAUAAUUGAUCAUUAA